AUGGCUGUUAUUGAAAUUCAAGUCGUCUUCGACUUCCUUUGCGCGUGGUGCUACAUAGGUAAGCGCAACCUCGACCGCGCCAUUUCACUAUAUCAGAAGACGUACCCCGGGGGUAGAUCGGAUACUUUCGCUAUAACAUGGUCGCCCUACUAUCUCGAAUACAACAAGGCACCGUAUAGCGUUGACAAAACGGAGCUUGCCGAAACGCGUCUUGCGCACUUAACACCUAAGCAGCGCGCGGCGCUUACGCUGCAUAUGAACCGGGCCGGCCGCGCUGCCGGGAUCAAUUUCAUGUGGGGCGGUAGGAUCGGCCCCGAUACACGGGAAGCCCAUCGGCUCGUCCGGCUAGGCUCCACUAAAAGCAGCGAAAUACGCGAUGCAAUUGUCGAAGGCCUUUUAGAUGCAUAUCAAGCGCGCGAACAGGAUAUCUCGGAACGCGGGGUUUUAAGAGCUGUCGCAGUAAAGGCUGGCAUAGAUGGCGCCGAGGUAGAUGCGUGGCUGGAUUCCGACGCUGAUGCGGAUGUGGUGGACGAGGAGGCUAGGAAAAAUAAGGAGAUCUUUGGAGAGGAGGGUGUUCCGGCAUUUGUCAUCCAAGGAGUGAAUCGGCUUAAUGGUGCGCAAGAUCCUCUAGACCUGGUUGAGGUCUUCAUCAAGGUUAGAGAGGGGCAGUGA